AUGCCGUCGGCAGUGCCGCAAGAACCACCUUCCAUCGCGAAGUGGAAGCGACCCAAACACACGACGGAAAAGUUAGAUUGGGCGGACAUCAAGAUCAUCGAUUUGUCUACUUUCGACGAGCCCAAUGGAAAACAGAAACUGGCUGAAGAACUAAGAGACGCUGUGCACCACACGGGCUUUUUCAGCGUUACUGGUACUGAAUUCACACAAGAAGAGGUCGAUCGGCAAUAUGACAUCGGUCAAGCUUACUUCAACUUGCCAUUGGAAGAGAAGGGCGACCCGAAGUACCGAUGUGAUUUCUCAAAGGGGAACUAUUUUGGGUAUCGUGCUGCCAACGAGAAGAAAAUAAUGGGUACCUCCGUCCUCGACAACAUCGAAUCAAUCAACAUCCCCAAAUUUAUCCCUUCAAACUCCCACGAGCCCUUUCCCCCGUUCCUCCAUCCCUUCCGUUCAGAAGUCGAAUCUUUUUCACGUCGAUCUUUGGAUGUAGCAUCUAAGAUCUUCACGCUCUUCUCCCUCAUACUAGAAUUACCAGAAAACUAUUUCUCGGACCAACAUCGCUACGAUGACCCAUCAGAAGACCAUCUCCGAUACAUGAUUUACCACCCCCGUCCUGCCGCCGACGAUGCCAAAGUUCAGAAUACCUGGUCUCGCGCGCACACAGACUUCGGAAGCUUGACACUACUGUGGAGCCAGGAUGUCGCGGGUCUGCAGCUCAAAACGCCGGCUGGACAAUGGAAGUACGUUCCACCCGUUUCCAACGGUAUCAUUUGUAAUGUCGGCGACACGUUAUCCUUUUGGUCGGCGGGCUACUUCAAGUCAACCAUUCAUCGGGUUAUUAGACCGCCGGACGAUCAAGCGCACAUCCACCGGUUGGGAUUGUUUUACUUUGUUAGACCCGGAAAUGAGGUAGAUAUUAAGCCAGUGGCGUCGCCAUUGUUGAGGAGAUUGGGACUUAUUGGUGAUGAUGCGGGAGAGAAGGAGCCGGUGCGGGGACUGGAGUAUGUGCGAGAAAGGGUGAAGGAUUAUCAUGAUCAUACAGAUUACGCGGACAUGAAAGGGAAGAAGUUUAAGGUGGGAGAUCUGGAGAUCGAGGAUGAGGCUGCGUAG